GGAUGGUGAUGUGGAUGAAAUAACGGUGUCCAGUUCAUCAGCCGUCGAUGGGAAAUGGUUUGCAAUCGACUUGAGAUGAUGAGCUAAAUUGAUGCUUUGAUUGAAACCAGCGCCGAUCAGACAACCGCAGAGGAGAUGAGUCAGCUUUGGCAGCGAGACAUAACCCUGUCAGAGAGGUUGGGUAAUGACUCUCCUGUCGGCAUUGCCCCUGGGCCCCCAGCCACUGUGGCCCCACAAGGAUCCAACUCCUCCUGGAUGCCAGAAGCACCAGUGGUCACACCAGAAGAGCCCUUCUUCCUCAUGACCUCGACUGCCCAAACAAUAUCGGGGUUUUUUGUUUGGACAGCUCUUCUGAUCACGUGUCACCAGAUAUACAUGCACCUACGUUACUACAGCUCUCCAAACGAGCAGAGGCACAUAGUAAGGAUCCUCUUCAUAGUCCCCAUCUAUGCCUUCGACUCCUGGCUGAGCCUUCUUUUCUUCACCAAUGAGGAGUACUAUGUGUACUUUGACACGGUCCGAGACUGCUACGAAGCCUUUGUCAUCUACAACUUCCUGAGUCUGUGUUAUGAAUAUCUGGGAGGAGAGAGCGCCAUCAUGGCUGAGAUCAGAGGGAAACCCAUUGAGUCAAGCUGUAUGUAUGGAACCUGCUGUCUGUGGGGCAAGACGUACUCCAUUGGUUUCCUCAGGUUUUGCAAACAGGCAACUCUCCAGUUCUGUGUGGUGAAACCCCUGAUGGCAGUGAUCACUGUCCUUCUUCAGGCCUUUGGGAAAUACAAAGAUGGAGACUUUAAUGUGGCUAGUGGUUACCUGUACGUGACCAUUAUCUACAACAUCUCAGUCAGUCUGUCACUCUACGCCCUCUUCCUCUUCUACUUUGCCACGCGUGAACUGCUUGUCCCGUACAACCCUGUGCUUAAGUUCUUCAUGGUCAAGUCAGUCAUCUUUCUCUCCUUCUGGCAAGGGAUGCUGCUGGCCAUUCUGGAGAAGUGCGGAGCCAUCCCUCAGAUCAGCUCGGCCGACUUCUCUGUGGGCGAGGGAACGGUUGCCGCUGGUUACCAAAACUUCAUCAUCUGCAUUGAGAUGUUCUUUGCUGCUGUUGCUUUGCGCCAUGCCUUUACUUAUAAGGUCUACAUGGAUAAGAGACUGGACUCAUAUGGCUCAUUUCCUAUCUAUGGACAGUACGGUCGCUGUGCCCCAAUGAAGAGCAUCUCCAGCAGCCUCAAGGAGACCAUGAAUCCAGGGGACAUGGUCCAGGACGCCAUCCAUAACUUCUCCCCAGCUUAUCAGCAGUACACCCAGCAGUCCACACUUGAGAGAGGUGGGGGGCCACCCCUCUCACGCAGCCACAGUAACCUCAGCACCCGCGGGGACAACGAAAAGACCCUGCUCCUCAGCUCCGACGACGAGUUCUGAGACUCAAACGCUCACUCAGAGGCUCACUUUACUCUUGUAGCCCAUAUUGAUUUUUUUUUAUCAGCUAUGUGAGACAGAUCAGAUCCAUUGUUGCUACCUUAACAAGGAAGAUCAGAUUCUGUUUUCUUUCCUUCUUUUUUUUCCACAUUUAGACAACAGUGAAAACAUAAGAUUCAUGUCAGACAUACGAAACAGACUGUCGGAAGGGCUUGAGUGUAUUAUAAGGAAGAAGAGGCGGAAUAAUGGUACCGUAGGAGAAGAGGGAGCAUGAAGAGGGUAGAAAAGUUAUCACAAAUAUAGUUGGGGAGAGGAGAAAUUGAGAUUUUUAGGUUUAUUUAGUUGUCAUUUGUGUUGAUGUAAUAAAGGCCAAUACUGACAGAAAUACCAUAUCUACAUCCAUUUAAUAUGGAUUGGUUCAGACACCUGUGCCUGCAUAUAGCGUCCUUAUGCUGCACCACAUCGAAAACGAUGACAGAUAUCAGGUUUGUGCUAGAGCAAGUAAGUGCCAUCUUCAUCUAAAACACAUGGCCUCUUUCAUCUUUUCGUUUUUUUUGUACAGAUUCUCGAUCCACACUCCCCCUCACCCCUCUGCCAACUCUGCCUAGUACCGAAACAUUGCCAAAUAGAGGGAGCAGUACCCUGUGCUCCAGCUAAUGAGACACUGUCUCAAGACGUAGAAAUGAUUUAUAGUCAAACUAAACUAAGGAGCCUUCGAAUUCCAGGGCUUUAAUAUAUAAGAAUUGAAUCACAAAUAUUUUUUUAUUUAAAUCUUUUAUGACCUUGAAGGUGUAACUCAUUGAAAGACUAGUUUGUUGGAAAUUUGUCAUUCCAGAAAUGUUGAAUUAAUAUGCUGAAUAUUCUGUGUUUGUUUGCAUUUUGUUGUGGGUUCAUAUGAACAAGUGACUCAAAAGAUUAAUUGUACAACUCCAGCUGUUGGCCUGACUUGGGCUCCUCGCACAGAGGGAACAGCUGCAGGAGAGAUUUCAGUGUGGGGCAGAGAGACCGACGGAAGGACAACACCCACACAGAUUACAGAUUACUGAAGAAGCAACACUUCCCUGCAGUGCCGGCCCAGCUGUGAUGUGCUAUGGAUUGUAAUCCCAUAAUUAAGGGCAUUACAUGUAGCACAGAUCAGGCCUGCCUCUGCUGGUAUCGUUUAUAAUGGCCUCACUGCUAUAGUAGCAGUGAGAGUGAGGACAUUGAUCAUUACAGACAGAUAAGGCCAUGCAGAGAUCUGUCAGUGCAAACAAGGCUUUUAAUCCAACUGGACUCACAUCCAGAAAAAAAAUAUAUGGGCAUUAAAAGUUGCGAGAUAAUAGAAUAUUCAGGUAGUGUUAGAAAAUAUACAUGUACUUAUGAUUAAUACAUGUACGGGGCACACUAUGCUAGAAGACAGUGAUGCAUGGUAGAAAAAAAACUAAAGUGAGUCAAAACCUUUAGACCUGCCUGUCCUCCUCUAGGUCUUAUUAUCUUUUGGAAAAAGAUAAUAGUAUAAUAGUUUGAGUUUAUUGUUCACACGCGACCAACUACUGUUUAAUAUGCGUUUUAGCAGAGGCCAGUAUAGAAGUCACUUGUGUGUGAUUCUAAAUAUUUGAUGGAGGAGCACGACAUCAGGUAUACAACCUGAGUGGAUCCUUUCCAUAGGCGACGCUGCUGCCUAUAAAUGUGCAAUUCAUCGUUUUUUUUUCCUCUUGUCAUGUCGAGUGCAGAGUCCAAACUGAUUUUACACAUUGACUCAAGCCCAUUGACUGCAGGUUAACAAACAAUACAGUCCUUGUGAGUAAUGAAUGUAGUCAGGAUGAAGAAAACAGCCAAAUUGAUGUGCAUCCUCAGAAGAGUACAAUCGACUUCCUGAUGAGAAAUCUGUAUUCAGUUAGCAGAAUAAUUGAAGUGUUUGUUAAACUGUUGGUUUUCAGCUGUGACUGCUAACACAUAUAAAUAUAUAUAAUUUAAGUAAUUUCCCCACGGGGAUUAUUAAAGUAUUUCUGAUUCUGAUUCUGAUUCAUAUCACUACCAACCAUCUCCUACACAAAAUAAUUAACAGUUAAUAUGACUUGUGUAUCCAUCUUUCCACCGAACCUGUAGAGCUUCAGUUGAAGGCAAGGUCGAGUGAAUUUGUUCUAUUAAUGUAACAUUGACUUAAUGGUAUUGAAAAAGUGAAAUUCACUGCCUUAUACUUUGCCCCAGUGUAACAGCAUAUCAGACUCUUUUUUGAUUCAAAAUAGUGUCUGAUUAUUUGUUUUGAUACUAUGUGAUUUAAAAUCUGGAUGUUAAUCACAAAGCUGAAUAUAUUAAACAAGGAAAUAUUGUACCAGAAAGGCAAGAACAUUGUAUAUAGAGUUAAACUAAGCACUGCGAAACAUUUAUGAUGAUGACUUGGUAUUGCUUGGUAUAGUGCUUUAGUUUAAUAUUUUAAUUUUCAUAUAUUCUCUGGUUUUAUUUCUGUUGUAUACUUUAAUUUGUAUAUUGGUAAUAUUAUCUCAUGUUUUUAUGCUAUGUUGGUUUCUAUUGGUGGUGAAAAGGAAAUAAAAGACAGAUGCAAACGA